AUGGGUUUACAGCUGUCUGAGAGCAGAGCUGGCAGUACUCCCAGACCUCAGUCCUUUCAAGCGGUUAUCACCCGAUUACAAGGUGCAGUACAAACAGUGAAGACGAGCUGUAGAAGUACCAUGAAACCCUUGUCCACAUUCAGCUUGAUCCUGAGGGACGUAUGGUCUGGCUUGUUUUUGCGUGACAUGUUCUGCGAGUUUUUGGGGACUGUUCUUUUCCUCUUCAUCAGCCUCUCUUCUGUUUUGCUGUGGCCACAUGCCGGGCCUCUGUCAUGGGACGAACCCCUCCCGACGCCGGACUCUUCUUUGGCAUACUCGCCUGACCCACUGCAUGUUUCUGUAGCUUUCGGAGGAUCUGUAACCCUGGCCUGUGUUUGCCUGGGUGAGGUGCACCUCAACCCAGUUGUAACCCUGGCACUGGUUGCGGGCUUGAGGGUAACCCCCUGGCGGGCUGUCCUCUUGGUAGGAGCCCAGCUGCUCGGAGCGCUCAGUGCAUUUGCUCUCUUGUUAGGCAUCACACCGUCUGCCUUAAAGAGCAACCUGGGGGUUAAUGAGGUGGCCCCGGGGGUAUAUCUGUAUCAGGCUCUGUUAGUGGAGAUGGCUGUUACAUUCCAGCUAGUGCUGUGUGUCCAGGCUGCCACUCAUCCCAAAUCAGCGUUUUCCUCCUUGGCCCCUGCCGUCAUCGGCCUGUCUGUCACUCUUGGUCAUCUUGUGGCGAUUGGCUUCACAGGCUGUGGGAUGAAUCCUGCCAGGUCAUUUGGUCCAGCUGUGCUAACUACGAACUUCCACAAUCACUGGGUGUUUUGGGUGGGGCCUUGUGCUGGCUCUCUCCUUGCCUGGCUGCUGCAUGACCUGGUUCUCCAUCCUCGCUGGAGCUGCCUUGGCGACUGGGUGAAAGAAUGUAAAGAGACACUCCUGAAAGAUCUUUCCAAGCAGUCCAGAGUUCCUGAAAACCGCAUGGAAGCAUAGUCAUUCGAAUAAACAUUGCAUCUCUAUGCAAUAUUUUAGAGCGUCACCGGUUGAUUCUCCAGUUUGUACAGAAGACCAUCUAUUAUUACUGACAGAGUUUGGUGGAUUGCAGAUAUGUAAUUCUGAGCUUAGAUCCUCAUGAAUCCAUGUACUCAGGACUGGUCCAAACAGCAUCUAA